CGACUGGAAUAUUAUUGAACGUAUCAACAUAUUAAAAUAUAUAUUGGCGAAAAGCUGAUACUCCCAAAACAAUGCCGCAAGCUAAAUUACGCCGUCCUUACACUAAUAAUUCUUUCCGCAAGCAACUGGAGAAAUUCCGUACAUUCAUUAAAGAUGUGACGUACAGUGGCUGUGAAUUAACCUCUGAGUAUCGAAGACAGCUGAUAUCUGAGAAUCUCCCUUACGACAAGUUCAGUGAAAAACUACGUCUUUUAUUUGGACCGGAUAUAAAACCUCAGGAAAUUAAAGUUCUUUAUAGGAAAAUUAUCUCGAAUCCAGAAGCCACAGUAGACUGGAGUGAGGUAUUCAGCAUCUUUAACUCGAAUUCGCAAAGAUUUAACGGAGCCGAUGAAGGUUCCAGUGUCUUUGAUGUAUCCAAAAAGCGAAGGGUUGGUAACGCUGCUGGAAACUGCCGUAAAAGAGAUACUCUGCAAAGUAUCCAUUACUCAGAAGGUUUAGAUUGUUAUAUAACAGCCUCAUUGAAGGGUGUGGUCACUGUAUGGAACAGCCAGCUGCGUCUUCAACAUUCUAUAAAUAUUCACGAACCUUCUUGGGUCACGGGUUGUAUAUAUCUACCGAAUUUACGGCGUGUUGCAAUCUGCACAGAAAGAAGUCUCUGCAUCUGGGACAGCAAAGGAAAAUCACAGCACACCAUUUGCAUCCGACCUUUCGACAAUACGCCACAAUGUCUUACAUCAGCAUUGUUACAAGACGAGAAUACUACACAAGACACAUUAUUAAUUGGAGAUGAUCAAGGCUACAUAAGCAUUUUAACAAUCAAUACUGAUGAGGUCAUGAUGAACCUGUCCGAAGAUAAAUCGGGACAAGCAUGUAAAAUGGUCAUCUCUCCAGCCUCUCUGACCAAGCCAAUGCGGCGAAGAAGAUUCCAUGACGAUUGGGUUGUUAAGAUACGUUAUUUACCAGAAUUGAAAUGCUUUGUUUCCUGUUCUCCCAGCAGUAUGUAUUCUUUAGUUGUGGAACCAAUCGAAAAGAUCUGGAAUAAUGAGAUGGUGGAACCAGUUUCUAUACCCAAAGGUGUGAAUGCUUUUGGUUACUGUAAAAGUGCACAAAUUCUCGCUACUGGAGGUGUUGAUAAAAUCAUUCGAAUAUGGCAUCCACAUAUGUUUGCACACCCAACAGGGAAAUUGAUUGGUCAUUUAUUUACUGUGAGCGAUAUUUGUUGCAACGAGAGAGAUCAACACAUUAUCAGUUUAUCUACAGCAAGAGUCGUACGAGUUUGGGAUAUCCACGCAUUUACAACCUUACAGAUAUUCUCAGGCUCUGAACAACACAGGCAAGGAGCUAGGAUUACCUGUAUGCAUUAUGACAAUGAAUAUGAAAGACUGUUGACAGGAUCCGAUGUUUUUGAUUCUUGGCCUCUAUCCAGAACGGUUCAAGAUACAAUGCAAAUACCACAAUCCCACGAUAGACCAAUAAAUCAAGUUUUAUACAAUUCUGAACUCAACCAAGUUAUUACAGUAUGUAAUGAGUCGGUUCUGAAGGUUUGGGAAUUUGAAACAGGAGAUUUAGUUUAUCAAAUUGCAAAUGCUCACGGACUUAAUAUUGAAAUUACAAGUCUGGCUGUAGAAGAUUCAGGAUACAGAUUAGCAAGCGGAGCUUUUGACGGGUCACUUCUCAUUUGGGACAUUGGAUCUGGAAAAUGGUGCAAGCGGAUGCCCUGUGUUGCUUCCAGCAAAAACAUGAGUGUGUUAACGAUGAAGUAUUUUAUGAAAUCAAGCGAAAGACUGAUUAUUGCUUUGGGGUGGAACAACAAAGUGAAAAUAAUAUUGGAUUCCUCUGAUUCAAAUCAAUUGCUCAUACUGAAAGAAGUAAGUCAAGAACUUUUAGAUAUCUUCGACCAUAGACGUUUAAUUAACAUUCUUUCGACUUCAAAUAAUACUCAGAUACCUAACAACCAAAUCAGCUUCGAACAAUCUAAUCAAACAACUCACGACCUGAACUCUCUCGAAAUGUCGAAACACCAGACAUCUCACCCCGAGAACUCUAUCGAAAUAUCUUGUUUAAGCCUUCUGUCUCCAGAUGUAAUCGUGCUAGGUUACAGCAAUGGUAACUGUGUCAUAUGGGACAUUUUAUCAACAAAUGUGAAAGCAAUUUUAAGCAUACAGCAUUUAAAAGACUCUGAAAGCCCACAUCAACAAGACAAAGAAGAUGCUAGAGUUAAUAUGAUCAAAAUACUCAAUUAUAAGAAAAAGCGAUCAGACAGAAAAUAUUCAAUGAAACUGACAAUCGCAAACAAACUUCAUAAAAGGAGAAUGACAAUUGGCCCUAGAAAUUCAAUGUUUCAAUUCAGAGGCUCCGAAAACAGUCGCCAAGUUAUGGGUGAUACAAGGAAAUUUUCCGCUAAUAUUUCCCCGGAAGAACGGAGAGAAGAAAAUUAUACGGAAGAGUUUAUUAAUGUUUCAACACAAGACAUUUUAAGACCACGUUCUAAGCAGUACAAUUUGAAUAAUGGUAGAAACCAAACUACGAGUGAUGAAAAGGCUCCAUUGCUGAUGUGUAAUUCAGAUCCUGUGAUUGCUGUUAUCUACCAAGACGACUGCAUCCGAUUCUGGAAUACAGAAGGUCAACUUCUAACAAAACUGAAGCCAAUUGUGAAACACAGUAGUAAUUCUCUGACUUGUAUCUGUCAUGAUAACGACUGUACCAUAUUAAUUGCUGGUGACAAAAUUGGUUACUUGACAUUAUGGAAUAUCGGAAAAUUCUUGCAACAAUCAAACUCAGAAGAAAAGGCAUCAAUAAUCCAAGAGGUUCGCUGGAGAGCGCAUCUAUCUGCUGUCGUCUCACUUAGUUACAUCAGUACAUCUAACUCAAUUAUUUCCGGUUCAACAGAUGCAUCUGUGAGAGUCUGGUGGGGAACAGGUGGUAGAUUUGUUGGUUUCUUUGGUCAGCCACGCCCUUUCGUCUUUCCUGUAUCAGAAGAAUCAUCCAGAUAUUCCUGUCUUCCAUAUGACAUUAAUGAACAGCCAACUAAAAAUGCCACAGAGAAAUUUGAGAGAACGUUUCGUGGAAAUGCUCAAAUCUUGGAAUAUCCUUUGGUUUUUAACAACGAAAGGUGGAAACAUUCCUGGCGACAAAAUGAUAAAUCAGAAGAAGCAGCAUUGACAUCUGACGAAUUCGAACAUCCAGCAGAGAAAUUCUUUACAGCCCUCGCAAAACCAAAAGCAUACAAGCAUCAUUUGAAGACAUUAAUACGAGGAGAAAAAGGAGCAGAUGCAGUAUUUCGUUCGUUGCCCAUCUACAGAUUAGAAACGCCAAAGGUUCCACGGACACCGGAAUUUACAAGAAAUACAUUUGAAGAUAAAUACAAAAACAUUCCCACCAUGAGAUACAUGAAGAGAACUUCAAAGGGACGUUGUUCAAGAAGAUCGAUUGAUGUAAGAGGAUUCAAGCAGGUGACAACUAACUAUUUACCAAGUAUUCGCAAACUUUCAAGAGUCAGUUUUGAUGUGCCUUCUCAUAGCUCAAAUAUAUUUUCCUAAAUAUUUCACAAACCUAAAUUUACGAAUUAUAACUAAAAAAUGUACGAC